AUGUCAAAACAAUUAUUUGAAAGAAUUUUAGAAAUCAACACUAAUGGAUAUUUAGAAAAUGGUUUAACUAGUAUUCAACGUCAAGAGAUAGUAUAUCCAUUUAUAUUUUUACCAGGCGAAAAAUCAAUGCAAAAUCCACCUUCUAAUUCAAAUAGAGAUAAUACAUUAAGCAAUAUAACAAGUUUAAUGGAUAAUAAAAAAACUGCUCAAUUCGCAAUUGUAAAUUCAAUGAGUGAUGAUGAUGACGACCAAAAGAUGCAACUUUUUAAAGAUUACAAAUUAAUACUAUGUCAAGCAUUGAAAAUUGUAGAAGAACAAGAUAAUAUUGGUAAUAAAAGAUGGGACAAGCAGUCAGACAAGUUUAAGGGAAUUAAAAGUUUAGUAACUGAUAUUGAUAAGUAUGAAAGACAGAUUACAAAUCCACACACAUUCACGAUAAACAUACAAUGUUUUUAG